CAUCUCAGUUGCUGUGUGGAGAGAUUUGACGGAGGGACACUCCUGUACAUGGACCAUCACUGCGCUGCAAUCCGCCGCCUGCUCUCUCUCUCUCUCCUACACACACAGAGACACACACACACGCACACACACACGCAUGUAAUGCCUCGGUGAAAUCCGGACGUACACGGUGGAGAAAAACACGCAUGUGAAGAUUUUACGUUUGCAUGUCAGGAGAGGAGGAACUAGUCGCCGGGUCCGCGGCUGUUUGUCUUUUCUUAUCGCUUCUCCCCCCCUCCUAUGUCACUCUAAUUAAUCGGAGGCAUGUGGAAUCGCACCAGGAUUAGGAAUUGCCUCCCAAUAGUGUGCCUGCUGUUGACGUUAUGGACGGAGGUGUCCCAGUCGACCGGCUAUUUCGAGCUCCAGCUGAUCUCCGUGGAGAAUGUGAACGGCGAGUUGGCGGACGGAGAGUGCUGCGACGGCUCCAGGAGCUCCCUGGACCUGCGCUGCACUCGAGACGAGUGCGACACUUACUUCAAGAUCUGCCUGAAGGAGUACCAGACGGAGGUCAACACCAACGGCGCCUGCACCUUCGGCUCUGGAUCUACGCACGUUCUCGGUGGAAAUAUGUUUUCUUUUAAGGGCGCCAACAAUAACCCGAAUAAAAUCGACGAGGCCGGCAAGAUAUUGAUCCCCUUCCAGUUUGCAUGGCCGCGGACGUACACAGUGAUCGUAGACGCCUUCGACUGGGACAACGGCACAAAAAACAAUGAGCAGGAGCUGCUGAUCGAGCGCGGCACUCACACCGGUAUGAUCAACCCCGGGGACCCCUGGCAGACCAUCCUGCACGACGGGCCGGUGGCUCGCCUCAUCUAUCGAGUAAGAGUCCGGUGUGACGUAAACUACUACAGCAGCAAGUGCAAUAAGCUGUGUGUCCCUCGCGACGACUACUUCGGCCACUAUCGCUGUGAGGCUUCAGGGGCCCGGGUGUGCCUGGACGGCUGGAUGGACACAGACUGCAGGACAGCGAUCUGCAAGCAAGGCUGCAACCUGUUACAUGGCGGCUGCGCGGUCCCAGGGGAAUGCACGUGUAACUACGGCUGGAAGGGCCAAUUCUGUGAUGAGUGUUUGCUGUACCCGGGCUGUGUCCACGGGACCUGCAACAUCCCGUGGCAGUGUAGCUGUGAGAGGAACUGGGGAGGUCUGCUGUGUGAUAAAGAUCUGAAUUACUGCGGCCGUCACCAGCCUUGUGUCAACAGAGGAACCUGCCUGAACACGGAGCCGGACGAGUACGCCUGCGUCUGUCCACAGGGAUACUCCGGAGAGAACUGUCAGAUAGCCACGCACGCCUGUGUUUCCGACCCGUGUGCCAACGGCGGUACAUGCCACGAAGUCCCCACCGGGUUCGAGUGCCAGUGUCCAGCGGGCUGGGAGGGUCCCACCUGUGCUAACAACGUGGACGAGUGCUCGAGUCCCUGUGCUCGGGGAGGAACCUGCGUCGACCUGGAGGACGGCUUCGAGUGUGUGUGUCCUCCAGAGUGGGAGGGGAAGACCUGCCAGAUAGAUGCAAAUGAGUGUGCAGGGAAGCCCUGUGUGAACGCUCACUCUUGCAAAAAUUUGAUUGGCGGUUAUUACUGCGCCUGUUUUCUGGGAUGGUCCGGACAAAACUGUGACAUCAACAUAAAAGGCUGCCACGGUCAGUGCAAGAAUGGAGCAACAUGUAGCAAGGAGGGCUUGGGGCGCUACCACUGCCAGUGUCCUCCAGGCUUCGUGGGCACCCACUGUGAGAUCCAGAGGAACCAGUGUGAAAGCAAACCGUGCCAGAACGGAGGACAGUGUCACGCGGUGUUGGACAGUUUUGUGUGCCAGUGCCCGCCAGAGUUCGCUGGACAGCAGUGUGAGAUCUCCAGCUGGUUUCCUUCUGAUGCUUGUGAUCCAAACCCCUGUGAGAACGAUGCCAAGUGUCACAGCAUGGAUCAGGACUUCUACUGCGCCUGUCCCGAAGGCUACGAGGGAAAGACGUGCGAGCGGCUCAAAGAGGACUGCCAGAGCAGGCCGUGUCAAGUGAUUGACAGCUGCACUGUUGCUAUAGCAACCAACGACUCGGCAGGAGUGCGGCACAUCUCCUCGAAUGUCUGCGGCCCACGAGGACGCUGCAUCAGCCAACCAGCAGGAAACUUCACCUGCGCGUGUGACCCAGGGUUCAGCGGCAUGUACUGCCAUGAGAAUAUUAACGACUGCAUCAACAACCCGUGUGGAAACGGCGGGACGUGCAUCGACGGGAUAAAUUCCUUCCAGUGUUUCUGUCCGGACGGCUGGGAGGGUCGGCUCUGCGACCUCAAUGUCAAUGAGUGCAGACACAACCCGUGUAAGAACGGCGGACGCUGCGUCGACCUGGUGAACGACUUCUACUGCGAGUGUGCCGACAAGUGGAAGGGCAAGACCUGCCAUUCCCGUGAGAGACCGUGCGAUCCGACCACCUGCAGUAACGGAGGCACCUGCUUCGACCACGGGGAUGUCUUCCGCUGUGCCUGCCCACCUGGCUGGGGAGGGAACACAUGCAACACAGCUAAGAACAGCACAUGUGCCUCCAGUCCGUGUUCUAACAGUGGAACCUGUGUGGGCGGAGGAGACACCUUCACCUGCAUCUGCAAAGAGGGCUGGGAGGGUCCCACCUGCGGCCAAAAUAUAAACGACUGCAACCCUCAUCCAUGUUACAACGGCGGGAUCUGUGUGGACGGAAUCAACUGGUUUCGGUGUGAGUGCGCUCCAGGUUUUGCCGGACCUGACUGCAGAAUCAACAUCAAUGAGUGCCAGAGUUCACCCUGUGCCUACGGUGCCACCUGCGUGGACGAGAUCAACGGUUUCCGAUGCAUCUGUCCGCUGGGUCGAACAGGAGCUCGAUGCCAAGAAUUCAUUGGUAUCGGGAAGGCUUGUCACUAUGCCGGGCUGCAGUUUCCCCACAGCAGCCGCUGGGAGGAAGAGUGCAACAGCUGCCAUUGCAUCAAUGGCAAAGUGGAGUGCACAAAGGUGCUGUGUGGUCGUCGACCCUGCCGGAUCAAAUCAUCAGGCGAGGAUCCAAGACAUCAGACCUGCCCGGCUGGAAGGCAGUGUGUGGAGCACAGCUACCUCACCUGCUUCUCUCCGCCAUGCCAUGAGUGGGGGGUUUGUUCCAUGUCUGGACGCUCACUUCAACAAGCGACCACAAUGUGCCAGCCAAACAACGGGCAUUUGGACAACAGCUGCGGCCGGCUAACACUUGUUUUCAACAGAGACAAAGUACCAACAGGCACAACAGUGGAGAACAUCUGUUAUGAGCUGAGGUAUCUUCCUGAUACCAGAAGCUUGGCAAAAAAACACAGCCUCCUCCUGCUCUGUGACCUCUCUCACUCUAAUCAGGACGCCGUAGAGGUGGCUAUAUCUUUCCAGCCAGAGGAUCUACCAGACCACAGUCUGAUCCAGCAGGCAGCCAACGCCAUAGUGGGCACCUUGUCCAAGCGGCACAACAGUACCAUCAUGCUAGCGGUCAUUGAGGUCAAAGUGGAGACACAAAUCAUGUCCCCUUCAGUGGAUUACCUGGUGCCUCUACUAUGUGUGCUCUUCUGCUUGCUCUGCCUCUUCUGCAUCAUUGUAUGUGUUUGGUGGACACGCAAACGGAGAAAAGAGCGCGAGAGGAAUGUAAGAUCAGCUGCGGACAACAACGUGAACAACCAGUGGGAGCCACUUCGGCUCAUUGUGGGACGUGAGCAGCAGCAGCAGCUGAAAGAGAGCAACAGGGAGGCUGAGCAGGAGCGCAAAAAGCUCAUGGGCCCCUCCUGUCGGACGUGUGAUGAUGGAGAGGAGGAGGAGGAGGAGGAGGAGACAGAAGGUGAGCUUGAGCUCGAGGAGGAGUGUAGUGGAGCAGAGGCUGGAAAGCAGCAAGUUUAUAAGUACUCUGAGACUGCAGUGAAGUCCAGUGAGGGAGUGAUCUGUACCCUGCACAGCUCCAGUUCAUCCCUCAAAGCGCCCCACCGGACCCAAGGCUAUAGUCCCAAAGACAACCGCUGGAAAAAUGUCCGUGCAGCCUUGACAGGUCAAAAAGACCUCAGAGACCAUUGUGUAUAAGAAAUUUAAACAAAGGACUCCCAAUGUGGAAGCGAGAGAAGCAAAAGAAGCUGCCAGGCAGCGACUAUUCUAAUUUCUGAACUACUUUUGGAAGAAAAACUGGCUUUGUGUUUUAAUAAGCCAUUCUUUGCUUUGUUUUCAUAUUUUUUUCGUCACUGUCACCUGAAAUGAUUUUGAAUCUAGGAAGCCAGAGCACAGUGAGCAUCCUUUUUUUUUUUUGCUUCUGUUCAUUUUUUUCAUGUGUACAGAGAAAGCAGAAAUUAAAAAGAUUUUCAGGAGGCAAAAGAAGCUUUCUGCGAUUUUUUUUUUUUGUUUAUGGAAUUUUUCCACGGAGAAGAGAACAACCUGUAAAAAGAUUUUUUUUGGUUUACAGAUGAUUAUGAUUUUGUUCAAUUAUCAGCAGGCUCCUGUUCAGUGUCUGUGAGGGGGGUCGACACACAAAAGAGACGGUAUUGAAAGAAAAGGACUGUUGCAGCCACAGUAACAGAGGAAACCCUGCCUUUGCUCUGUCUCUUCCACCUGUGGCCGUCAUGCGCCAGCCUUACCAAAACAUUUGGCCUGGAGGGGAGAGGGGACAGAAACCCCAGUGCCUACUAUGUGGCCUUCCAUUUUGUUUUCUCCUGUCUCUCAGUUGUCUUGGCUGAAAGCUCUGUUUGAGGAUUUUUUGCAGUAUUUGAGUUGGUAGCAAGUGCCUUUCUAAGAGCCGUGUCGAGGCUUCAAGUCGCGCUGCCCAGUUUGACCUCCUUGUUCUCAAAUCUCAAAAGGGAUAUAAGUGUACAUUUAGAGAGUUCAAUUUCACAGCAACGCCAUUCAAGGUAUUUGUUCCAAACAGAAAUGAAUGCUCUGUACAUAUGUGUAAAUACUAAAGGAGUCGCUGUGUAUAUUUGAGAUAAGUAACUUAAAGACAAGUCACACAUUUUUAUUAUUAUUAUUAUUGUUAUUAUUAUUAUUAUUAUGAUUAAUAUUAUUUUUAUUUUUUUUACAAUGCCAUUCCUUUUAUUUAUGCCAGUCAAAGUAGGCAUGUUUUAUAACACAGCGAGGUACCACCUGUGAAGGAAUUUUUGAAGGGUUUAUAAAUGGUUUGUCAGCAAGGAUGCAUUUAUAUUUUUUUACACUAGAUUUUUGUUACUCAAAACAAAAUAAUGAUCUUUCUUAAUUAUCUUAUCUUAAUUUUUUUACUUAAAGAUUUUCAAAUAACUGUCCCGGGCAGAUCAACAAACUUUGCUUUUUCCAUUUUAAUUUUUUCCUAACUCUGCACUAUGCAACACUACUGUAUGUUUUAUUUUUUUGAUACAAUCCAAAAUAAGUUUUACUGCUAAAAUCUUUGACCUGGAUGUUUUUUCACCACAAAUAAAUCCCAGUUCCUUUGCACUUCAUUUCCUCUCUUGAAGGUAAAAUAUCUGUACAGAAAACAAUGUCUAAAACGUUUUCUUGGUCUUUCAGAACGGCGUCGCCAUAUUGAAGAGAAGUAUUUUUAACCUGGUGAUUUUGACAGUGGAAGUCAAAACUUUGUAAAAAAAUAAAAUAAAAUAAUAAUAAUAAUAAAAAAAUCCAGGAAAUAAAAAAAAACGCUUCAGUGAUGUCACAGUAUUGAUUUGCCUGAUAGCUAAAGAAAAUGCCCACUGUGACAUCACAAAUAGGGACGUGGCCAUAAUGUAAAUGUACUGUUAAUUUUCUGCCAAUAAUUAAAAAAAAAAAAAACAGCCAUCUUAUUCUUUAAUAUUUAAACCGGUAGUUGCUUACCUUUGGAUUCUUUAGUUAAAUUAAACAUGCUUUCUAUUAAAACUUUUUGUUAUUUAUUCUGGAUUAUGUUCAAAAAUAACAAAUGAAAGCGUACCUUUUUGGCAGUAAAUGACGCCAAACUAUCAACAUUAUAGCCUUAAGUAGUUCUCAAACCAUUUCUAAACCCGUCACAAAGCCCUUUUGUUUCAGGUGCCUUAAUGUAAUGCAUACUUUGUGUAAUCAACGGUCAUCUUUUUUAUGUUGUCGGUUUGUUUUCACUAUUAAGGAAAGUAACUCUUUAAAAGUGUGUGUGGUGUAGAGUGGCGUGUUUUAUUCGCCUGAGUAAAGAGCUCUCCUCGUCUCACUUUACUAUCUCGGAGAUUUCUGGAAUAAAACACUCAAUGGAGGCUUGAAAAGAAAUAACAACAACCAUGGCUAUUGGGAGUGUCAUGAAUGUGGAUGUCGGUAGGUCAAAUCAUGUUUGGCUUUAAGGCUUUAAUGAAGGGAACAAUAUUUGCAAAUGUUUUGCUACCAUGCAGAUGUUUUUUUUUUUUUUUUAAAGUUACCAACUCAGUUCAAAGUUACCCCUUUUCAUAUCAUGUCAUUGUCUCAAAUCGCCAUCGGAUUUUUCUGUAAAUGGGACAUCGCAAAAUAAAGAAUUAAAGAUGCAUCACUGCAGGUGUUUAAAGCUGAAAUGCAUAUUGUAUACAUUUUAUUCUACAAGGGACAUUGAGUUCAUUUUAUACAAAGUGCAAAGGUUUCCAUUCUUUUAGUGGAUGUUUCAUUGUUCCAAAUAAUCAUCCCAGUUAUUUAUUAAAGCAGUUUUGACACAUCUUCA